AUGGCGCUGCGUCUUGUGAGACGACAAUUUGAGCAAAUGACAAAUGAGGGCUGCAUGUCGUUUGCCGUUUGCAUGCAGAUUGCUGCAUGUCAACGUUGGGUCGAUGUCCGUCAACGCCCGCACACAUACGCGCAAGCUUCAUCGACAAUCGACACCGGCUUGACACUGAUGAGGAACCUUAUUGCCGUGCUCUGA